GCCCCGUCUACCCCCACACCACCCCGUUCCGGGUCCCGGCGGGCUACUCACACUCUCUUUCGUUUGCAGUUCGAGGAGGCACGGGACGGAGUCUCGCCGCAGCAGAGGGGCCCGCAGCCCCCGCGGGGCGCUGAGGGCCGCGGGGAGCGCCCGGCCACCACCCCCCCCACGUACGGUCGAUGCUGGGGGCAGGCGGGGAGCGUGUCCGAGGGACGUCCCGGUGGCGGGCCCUUAGACUCGUGCGAUGAUGGCUCUUACUGCGGUUUGGCUUCAGGCGGACGCAGCCCAGGGAGAGCAGCCGCAGGGAGCCGGGGCCGACGGGGCGGCAGUCGUGCCCUGUACUUUUCCUCCAGCAGUGAUGAUGAAUUUGCAAUGUCACAGAAGGAUCUUCAGACCCCAAAGAAUUUGAUGACUUUUGGAAAGAAAAAUACUUGCUGCCAAGAAUUGCAGUAUCCAGAGGCUUCAAGUGACACUGAAGAUUCUGUCUUUGUAGAAAGUUCAUGGCAUGGCUACCAAAAAGGUAGAGUGAAAGACUUGAAAGAGAGUUGGAGGUGCAUUAAACUCCCACCUCCACAAAAUCUGAAAGAGUCAAUUUCCAGAGGCAGUCCAGACUUGCUUCCAGUUCCAGACUGUGAAAAGAGUACAGAAAAUAAAGUGCUAAAUGUGGCACUACAAGAAAGUACAGAAGUAGAAUCAAGUAGCUCAGAUGACGAAUUUGAAUCAUUAAUAGAACGGAUAAGGAAACGAAACAUACCCCGGAAACGAAUCUUAAGCACAAGUAAAACUGUCUACCAGCCAAGCAAAAUAGAAAACAUCAAGCCACCCUCUGAAGAUGCCCAGCCCUUGAAAGGCAAGGGAGUUGAGAUACCAAGGCCAAACUCAAUUUCAUUUCAAGAAACACCUUCCAGUAUAAUGGCUUCUGCAAGAAUUCCCAGGAACGAAUUAGGUAGUUGCUCCCAAUCAGCAAAGACAGAGAAAAGGUUCAUGGUGUGCUCAGUGCCUGGCUGUUUCUUGCAAGAUCUCUCAAAUCCGGCUUACCACUAUGUGAAGUAUUUCAAGAAAAAUAAAGAGGAGCUGGCACAGAAGCUCUACUGUCUGUAUAAUAGUACCAUCUUUGAGCAGAAGUUACCGGAGAAAAUGGCAAUAAUCUGGAAUAAGAAAAUGAGAAAAACAGCAGGAUAUUGUGUAACUGGGCAGACAGCAGGUCCUGAAGCAAGGCGUUAUGCUCGCAUAGAACUUUCUGAGAAAGUCUGUGACUCUGCAGAUCGUCUUCGAGACACACUAGUUCACGAGGCUUGCCAUGCAGCCACCUGGCUGAUCAAUGGUGUUCGCGAUGGACAUGGACAAUUCUGGAGAUUCUAUGCCAAUAAAUCAGCUGUGAUUCAUCCGGAACUGCCAGUAGUAACACGAUGCCACAGCUAUGAGAUUAAUUACAAAUUCAUCUAUGAAUGUGUUCUGUGCAAAGCUACGGUUGGACGUCAUUCCAAGUCUCUGGACAUAGAGCGCUUUGUGUGUGCAUUCUGUGGGGGUCAGCUGGUCCUGAGUCAGCCCACUCAGAAGGAUGGCACUCCUGCUAGGACACAUCUAAUGCCCUUUGCAAAUUUUGGCGACCCAGAUGGGACAAGGCUUUUGAAUCUCGACGGAUCUGUGGGAUCAUAGGACCUCCAGCUGGCACCAAGGGAUUCUCAGGGAGACCCUUCGAUCCCCCGGACCGAAGAGUUCUGAGCAUGUUCCCUGGGACAGGUAAAAGGCAUUUCUCUUACUUUUAAUUGUGAUUUAAGAUUUUGGGUUAGAGGCCCCCUUAGCCUUCAAGUAAGCUGUGGUGUGAGCUAUGCGAGGGGCUAUUCUACUGCAAUUUAAGAAUUUUGUAAGAACUUUUGAAAGGUAUUGAUCAAUCAAGAAUUUGUGUUUUAAUUGUUUUGUGUUACUUUUGUCACUUUUGUCAUUUGUCAAUUUUUGUCUGUGGAUUUUGUGGUAUUUCUGUUAUGAUGGGUAACAAACCUUCGGUGGAUGGGGGAAUAUUAAAGAAAUCUCCCCUAGGGUGUAUUUUAAAACAUUGGAAACAAAUAGGAGGGGACCCUCUCAUAAAAAGACAACUGAUUGAGUAUUAUAAUCACUGGUGGCCAAUAUAUAAAUUGGAUGAUCAGGAAAAAUGGCCCAAGAAUAAGAAUCUGUAAUAUAAUACAAUGUUACAAUUGAUGUUGUUUUGAAGAAGGGAGAAGAAAUGGGAUGAGGUACCUUAUGUUGAUUUGUUUUUUUCACCUUGUGAAAUCAUCCUGAGUGGCUGAAGGACUGUGGGUUUACCCUGCAAGACCCCCUGGCAUUGGCAUCAGCAUUAGAAAAGCAGGAAAAGGUAGCGGGAGGCUGUGAAGGUGUUGCUCUGCUUGUAGUAUGGGGCAACGGUGUUUGAAGUGUGAGCGUGAUGAGGAGGAUGAUUUGGAAUUAAUGAAAGAUGUUGGAGGUUGCAUGGAUGGUUUUUGAUAACAGGGAGAAAGGGAAGGAAGUUAGAUAAGAGCAACCAGAAAAUGAAAGAGAGUGGAGACAGGCACGGAGAGACAGGGAAAGAGAUGGUAACCUGAGAGCUGCACUGCAGGGAGCGUCAGCAAACAGUAACUUCAGGGGAGGACAGCAAUACUAUGGGGGGAGAGGCGGGGCCCCUCCAGCACAAAAUACCAGUAAUACCUUAGGAGAUCAUCAGUGUGCCUAUUGUAAAGAAUUGGGACAUUGGAAAAGGGAUUGUCAGAAAUUUAAGGACCAUUUUAGGGGUCCUAUGCCUGUCAGUCCAGAGGUUCUGGAGGAGGCACGAUACAAUCAAGAAGCUCCCUUUCCAUGUCAGUUCCCCUUAAUUAAGUCCUGAAGGGGACCGGGGGAAACCUCCCCAGCGGAACCACUGGUUACAGUAGAGCUGGGAAACAGGAAAAUAGAUUUUCUUGUAGAUACUGGGGCGACUUAUUCUGUUAAAUAUUUGUCAAAGAAAAUUGAGCGAUGAUACAGUAAAUAUUGUGAGUGCCACAGGGAAAGCGGAACAGCGUGCCUUUUUCCAUCCUUUAAAUUUUAAGCUCGGAAAACAAAGGGUAACUCACCAAUUUUUAUAUAUGCCUGAAUGUCCUAUACCACUCUUGGGAUGGCACCUAUUGAGUAAAUUGGAAAUGCAGAUCACCUUUAAAGAUGGUGAAGUUCAGUUAUUAAUCCCUGAAUCUAAAGCCAUCGAGGCAAGAGUUUUUAUGUUGCAAGAACAACCUAAGACUAACAAAUGAAUUCCUGAGGAGGUGGAGAAUGCCGUGACACCUUUGGUAUGGGCUAGUGAGGUUGGUAGAUCCAGAAGAGUGGAACCAAUAAGAAUUAUCCUUAAACCUGGAACAAAUCCAGUAAGACAAAAACAAUACCCAUUGAGAAUAGAGGCCAAAAAGGGAUUAGAAAAGUUAAUAAUCAACUGUAUAGAAUAUGAGUUGCUCAUAUAAUGCGAAUCAGAAUUUAACACCCCAAUCUUACUCGUUAAAAAGCUAGGGUGUGAGGAAUACAGGUUAGUGCAAGAUUUACAAGCUGUGAACCAAAU